ACAUAACGCAGGUUUUCCCAGCACCGAAUCAUCGAAAAUAGAAUAGUUGCAAUCGUAAAGCAAAACAGCCUAGUAGCAUGGCGAAGCAAGAGGCCUGGCCCAACCGCUCCCCAGUGCUUCCACCAGAACAGUGGAAGUUAUUUGCAAAAAAUCCCACUAAAACCCACGAUUCUAAAGUUAGUGUAAGCGAGAUUGUGGAAAAUAGUGCCCACUUUCCCAUAGAGUUUCCCAUUAAAACCGUGAAGUGUGAAUACCUACGUACCAAAGGGAUCCCGAUUGCGACGCUAGCAAACAACGCAAAUUCCGCCUACCCCAUACUUCAUGAAACUGCCCUGCCACUAUUUCUGCACUUUUUGCAGCACAAGAAGCGUUUUGGUUCGCAAGUCGAGCGGAAGUUCUACAAGAACUUCACAGUAGAGGAGCUGAUUGAUCGUCUUUUAAGAAAACGAGCAGUUGUUUUUUAUGGCCGAUCUGACACCUUUAUGCUGAUGGAUAAUAUGGGCAGUGUGGGCCAGUGGGAGGUGAUAGGAACUAGCCAGGAAAGAGCCCCUCGAAGUCUGGAAAAUUGUUUGUCCUACGAUGAAAUCAAACUCGCUGCGCUCCUCUCCGUCUCAUCGUUCAGCUGUUUCAUUAACAAUGGAGCCAGGGGUAAUAUAGGCAGGUAUUCCUUGAACGAAGACUCAGUAGAACCGACUGGAGUGAUUAUCGGUCUUAUCGGCCCCCGAUUUGAGAAGCCACUUGUUAUGGAACACCGCGAUAUUAUCAUUUCAAGGGAGCAAAACACCCAUGAAAGAGGAUAUGGAAGAUUCUUUGCACCAACUUUGCAAG